AUUAAUCAACAUGGCGGCCUCCACGGUGACAUGGACUGGUUUAGCCGCCAUUGGUCGUGCUUGUGGACAUAUUCGCUCUAGGUUGCUUGGAUCUUCGUCUACAUUUUCCCAGGUGUCAUGUCUUCACACAAGCUCUGAGUUAAACAACAAAAACUGGGAAAGGAGGAAUCGGAUCGUGUAUCCACCACAGCAGAAAGAUGAACCACGCAGACCAGCAGAGAUCUGUCACUCCAGACGGCAGAUUAAAUACAGUAAAGACAAGAUGUGGUACUUGGCUAAAUUGAUCAGAGGUAUGACCAUUGACCAGGCACUUGUUCAGCUUGAGUUCAAUGACAAGAAGGGAGCUAAAAUAAUCAGAGAGGUUCUUUUGGAAGCUCAGGACAUGGCAGUCAGGAAUCACAAUGUGGAAUACAAGUCAAAUCUAUAUAUUGCUGAGUCGUACUCUGGCAAGGGAAAAUACCUGAAGCGGAUUCGCUAUCAUGGACGUGGUAUGUUUGGCAUCAUGGAAAAAGUGUACUGCCAUUAUUUUGUGAAGCUCGUUGAGGGGGUCCCGCCACAAAUGCAGACCAAGACCGGAUUCGACCAGGCCAAAGAGUACGUGGAGCAACUGAAGAACCGAACGAUUAUUUACUCGCUGUAGUUUGAAGUAGCACUUGAUGUAUUGUUAAAGUGUUCUUGUAAAUAAAAUCAAAUAAAAUAAAACAAAUCGAACCGCUUA